AUGGAAGACACACGGGAUUUGGCUGAGCGCACCCCUCGAUCGGAGCGCAAACGGAGAGACUCUUUCGGGAUGUUUGAUGGCUACGACAGCUGCAGCGAGGAGUCCACCAGCAGCUCCAGCUCCGAGGACAGUGAGGAUGAAGUUGUGCCUUCGAUCCCGGCUAAUCUGCCCAUCAUCAAGAACAAUGGACAGGUGUACACUUACCCUGACGGCAAGGCGGGCAUGGCCACGUGUGAGAUGUGUGGCAUGGUUGGAGUGCGAGAUGCAUUUUACUCCAAAACCAAGCGUUUCUGCAGCGUCUCAUGUUCCAGAAGCUACUCCUCCAAUUCUAAAAAGGCCAGCAUUUUGGCCAGACUCCAGGGAAAGCCACCAACAAAGAAGGCUAAAGUUUUGCAGAAACAGCCUCUUAUGGCAAAGCUGGCCGCCUACGCUCAGUAUCAAGCAAGUCAACAGAACCAAGCCAAGUCAAAAGCUGCUGUAGCAGCCGACAGCUUUGACUGGGGACACUACAUCUGCAACAAUAACACAGAGGGAGCUCCCGUCAGCUGCUUCAAACAUGCCCCCAUGGGGACGUGUUGGGGAGGCAUCGCUGAGGGAGUGCGGCUCGAGAUCAUCAACUCUGAUACUAAUCUCUCCACUAAGGUUUACUGGAUCGCUGAGAUCGUCAAGUUAGCAGGAUUCAAGGCUUUGCUUCGCUACGAAGGCUUUGACGGAGACAACAGUAAAGACUUCUGGAGUAACAUUUGUGUUCCGGAGGUGCAUCCUGUUGGAUGGUGUGCCUCCAGUGGAAAACCCCUUGUACCUCCUAAAAGUAUUCAACACAAAUACUCAAACUGGAAGGCCAUUUUGGUAAAGCGUCUCACUGGAGCAAAAACACUGCCACCGGACUUCAACACAAAGGUUCACGAGAACAUGCAGUUUCCCUUUAAGAAGCUGAUGCGUGUGGAGGUGGUGGAUAAGAACUACCUGUGCCGAACGCGGGUGGCGCUGGUGGAGCAGGUGAUCGGCGGUCGCUUGCGGCUUGUUUACGAAGAGAGCGAGGACGGCUCUGACGACUUCUGGUGCCACAUGUACAGCCCGCUCAUCCACAACAUCGGCUGGUCCCGCUCCAUCGGACACCGCUUCAAACGCUCUGAUGUUGCAAAGAAAAUGGACGGUCAGUUGGACGCUCCUCCACAACUCUUUCAGAAGGUGCGAGACGUGGACCAAAGCGGAGACUGGUUUAAAGACGGGAUGAAGUUGGAAGCGAUCGACCCGCUGAACCUGUCGGCCAUCUGCGUGGCCACCGUGAGGAAGGUGCUGGCCGAUGGUUAUGUGAUGAUCGGGAUCGACGGCUCCGAGGCGCUCGACGGCUCCGACUGGUUUUGUUAUCACAGCACGUCCCCCUCUAUAUUUCCCGCCGGCUUCUGUGAAAUCAAUGAGAUCGAGCUUACUCCCCCAAGAGGGUACACUAAACUGCCAUUUAAAUGGUUUGACUACCUCAGAGAAACAAGUUCUAUAGCUGCUCCGGUCAAGCUCUUUAACAAGGAGGUGCCCAACCACGGCUUUCGACCGGGCAUGAAGCUGGAGGCGGUGGAUCUGAUGGAGCCCAGACUGGUGUGUGUGGCCACCGUGACCAGGAUCGUGCAUCGUUUACUGAGAAUCCACUUCGACGGCUGGGAGGACGAGUACGACCAGUGGGUGGACUGCGAGUCUCCGGACCUGUACCCCGUGGGCUGGUGCCAGUUGACGGGGUACCAGCUCCAGCCCCCGGCCGCACAGAGUAACAGAGAUGUAGCGGCGUCUGUGCCCAAGCAAAAAAAGAAGGCAACUCCAUAUAAAGGUCAAAAGAAAAAGUCCACACUGCGGCUGAAGGAGGAGGCGGCGGAGGUGGACGACUUCACCUUCUCUCAGACCAUCUCGGACCAGGAGAGCAACGGCUCGGGCAGCUACUACAUCAAACAGGAGCCCUGA